AUGCGCCUCAUUGAGUUGUUCGGUGUGGAGGACAGGACCCUGCCUCCGUUAGCCUCCUUUGGCCCCCAUCUCGGAGAGCACGAUCGGCUGCAGGGACACCCACCCAACGCACACACAUCGGCCCACAGUCAACAGCUCGUGUGGUUUGCAUUAGCCCUUUUCGAUUCGGUUAUUGUCGUAACAUCUGGCAGCAAAAAAAAAAAACAAAAAAUUAAUAACAAAUUAUCUAUUAGCAGCUGGCACUGGAGUUUGCUGAAUAUGUCGACUACUCCAGAAGAUCGACUGCGUGAGAACAUCAAUCGAUGCCUCUCGGAUUCCCUGGUGAAGGGAGUUGGUGGUCUGGUGAUCGGAUCCGUGGUCACCCUGCUAUUCUUCCGGAGGCGCAUAUGGCCCGUCUGGCUGGGCACUGGAUUCGGCGUGGGCGUGGCAUAUCGUGGCUGUGAGAAGGAGCUCAACGAUGUGAAAUUUGGCCAACGAAAGUGAUUUUAAGCAUUCGGACUUCGGAUUUUACUGAUGCUUAUGAUGUUCGAUUACAUGGCUUGCGUUUAAUUGGAUUGUGCAACGAUUUAAGUAACUAAACUCGAAGAAACGAUAAAAACCAAACAAAAAAUAAAACAAAUGAAUGUACAAUUGCCAA